UCUUUCAAUUCUACUUACUCCCUAUUAAAAACAGUUGGGCCUGUCUUAAACCCACUAGUCUAUAUUUCAAGCCCAUUAACGGCCUCAUUAUUAUUAUUUUUGAUAUUUGUUUUCAAAACAACCAGAUAAUAAGAAUUCACGCCUGCGACUUUUCCCCUUCACAUCUCUUUCUCUCUCCCUCUAAUUUAUUCCCUUUUCCUCCUCCGUCGAUCUCCGGCGACGAUAUCUCAAACUCCGAUCUACUCCUGCGUCAUACUUCCCCGAUCCUCUACGGCACCUCAUGCGUUUUGACGCUUUUCGCCUCAGAUUAAAAAACUUGAAUUGACGUUUCUACCCCUGAUCCUUGUUUACCUGUCAACCACGUGGCAUAAAAGAUAAAAGAAGAAAAAAAAAAUGAAUCAAAACCAAUACCACUACCACUACCACGCGCGUGGAGUACAGUCGAGUGAUCCAAGAAGAGGCGCCGCCACUCAUUCUCAGAGUCAGGGCGCUGAUGCACCGAACUGGCUCUUGGCUGGCUACAUGGCGCACGAGUUCCUCACGUGCGGGACUAUGCUGGGCCGAAAGUUGUAUCCUGGAUGGGCCGAAGUUGGGCCGCUUGUCUCGCCGUCCCCACCACCGCAGCAACAGAGGGAAACGAAAAAGGCUCGCCAGAGCUACUACUCUGACGUGGCGGGUGUGUUCAAAACAGAUGGGAACCACGUCCCUGGUGUGGUUAACCCGACCCAGCUUGCUAAAUGGAUCCAGAUGUGAACUAUACAAGUUCGUUAACAUUUUAAUUUUCGUGUAUUUUUAGUGUUUUCUUAAUCGAUAAUUUCUUUGUGUCACACAAUGAUGAAAUAAUAAUUGUAGACUUGUGUUUGUCAUUUUAUUAGCUACACAUACAUCAUCAACUUGGAUCUCGAUCAUUACUUAUAAUGAAAGGUGUGGCCAUCAUCUUUAAA